AUGUUUCACUCAGUGCGGAAGAACUCGACGCAUAUCAAUCACGACUCUAUGGUGCACGAGCCCCUGCGGUACGUCCCGAGCCGCAGCCUCGACCUAGCAGUGCUUCAUCAUCCAAAGAUACCGCUAGUGUUUUGAGCUACGAUGCGACUGGGAAGCAUGAUGCUUUGUCACGUUCAAAGAAGAGCCAGCAGCGAACGUCGAUGCCCGGCUCCAAGUCCAAGAAGGAAAAGCGGCCGAGUGCGCACAAACGUACGUCGACUGCAUCCACGACAGAAAGUCAUGCAAUGCCGCCAGGCUUCGUUGUGCCUGGUCCAGACGGACAAUCUACUUAUGCACCGAUUAAUGCAUAUGAAGGCAGUCUGGUCCGUGGGCAAGGACCUGUGCAUCCAACAUCCCGUUCGGCGUCUGAUAAUGGCCGCCACGUCGCAAUGCCUCUGCACCGCGCUCCUUCCAUCAAUAUGCUAGGCUCGUUUCCGGAAUCGGUUUACGACUUUCAGCCUGAAUCGCCUCUGGUGCCGGACAAUCAGCCAUCAUAUCGACAAACAGCCUACGAAGCUGAUGUGCCAGCUGACGCCCGCACUGGAUCAUCGUCUGUUCAGUCUGCCCGCCUUGUGCCGUUCCCUGUGGAGCCGUACCAGUAUCACAACUUUAGCCCAACUUCGUCUUCAUCGCCAACUUCGCCUCAACCGCAAUACACUCGAAGUCUCAGCUCGGUGGUUUCGGAGGCCAGCUAUGCAUCGGUUCCACGGCGUGUCCCUCCGGCUCCUCCUCUAGCACCUGCACCGGUACCGGUACGGCGAGUGGCAGAUGUUGUUGUCAGUCAAGAUGGACACAACGACGUCGUAACUCCGGGCACACAGCCUUCUAGCUCGGCGACUGCGGUGCAAGUCCAAGGAAAGACAAAAGACAGUGGCAAUGGUCAGGGAGGUGAGCGACGGCGCAAGGGAGGUAAAGGUAGUAAGAAGAAAGGCUGAGAGGGUGAUGGUGUGCUGCUACCUCGUCACGAGUCGGACUUUGAUUCUCGAUGGCUUCCCGAUGUGGCGUGUUGGAUUCAACUAUCUGGUAUCCUGGCGAGGGUUGGAUGACGGCAGAUUGGAGUCAGACGUAGCCACGUAUGUAGUGGGCCCUUUUGUAUUCGUGGUGUCCAAGUAACUCUAUCUUUUAAUUUUCUC